AUGGGGUAUAUUACGAUCCCGGCAACGGCUAUAGCGUCGUUCAUAUUCUUUGGGUUCCUGGCUGCAGGGGAGGAAAUUGAAAAUCCCUUUGGAUACGACAAGAACGAUCUUGACAUGGAUUACUUUUGUAAAAUCCUGAUCCGGGCUGAACUUGAUGCAUUAAUGAGCGUGCCAGUUCCAAAACCAGAAGAAUGGGCGUUUUCAGAAGAUAACAACUAUCUUUUCGAGAGCGAUGACGCUGAAAUCCCUGGGAGGUCCCCCGAAGAAUGGUUAGAGGAAACAAAUCCAGAAGAGGCGAUGAGAAACGCGUUAAUGGAUUAUGAGCUUGGCUUGUACACAGAUUCAAGAAGCUAG